AGCCCUUGGCUCUUUUCCAGUAUGGGGACAAUGGCUCAUGAGCCCACACCAUGCACCAUCAAAAGCCCAGUCAUGCUGCAAGUGGGUGACAUGAGGACCGAGCUAGGCCGGCCAGGUGUUGCAGUAAUUGAUGUGAUACUACCACAUUCUCAGACCAUUGAUCUGCAGGAAAUUGUAUUCAAAAACUAUUACACAGCUUUUUUGAGCCUGCGGGUGCUGCGCCAGAGUUCCACAGAUGGUGGAGAUGAAAGGCCUUCCAAGUGGGUUACCUGUCUGCGAAACUAUUGCUUGAUGCCUCACCCACACACAGAGGAAGGCUCACAGGAUUACUUCUCUGUUUCUAGGCAUCAGAUGCUUUGUGAUAUGGACCGGGUAGCUGCCAUACGUCUGAUCCUACGUCAGCCUUCUCCAGUGUGGCUGCAUUUCAGCAUAGAGGAGCUACAACUCUUCCCUGGGAAUCAGAAGAGCCCACAGAAAGGCUUUCCAGCCUGGCUUUCAUGCCCAUCUCAGGAACGACCAGCCAGCUUGAAUGAUGGACUCCCUGAUGCUGACAAAGUGUCUUCUGAAGUGCAGCAAAUGUGGGUCCUAACGGAGAUGCUCCAAGCCAGCCAGCCAGCAGCACAGAUUGGACGUUUUGAUGACAGUUUGAAGCAAACGCCUCUCUAUGACUUUCACCGACACCAUGGUGGGAAGAUGGUGGCCUUUGCAGGCUGGAGCCUACCUGUACAGUACACACACAGCCACUUGGAGUCCCACCUGCACACGCGUCAGCAUUGCUCACUCUUUGAUGUGUCUCACAUGCUACAGACUAAAGUGUUUGGCAAAGACCGGGUGAAAUUCCUGGAAAGCCUAGUAGUUGGGGACAUUGCAGAGCUGAAGCCUGAUCAGGGCACUCUAUCUCUGUUCACGAAUGAAAAGGGAGGCAUCAUAGAUGACUUGAUUGUGACCAGCACCUCAGAGCAGCACCUUUAUGUGGUCUCCAAUGCAGGCUGCAUGGACAAAGAUUUAGCCCUCAUGCAGAACAAGGCAAAAGUAAUGAAAACUGCUGGAUGUGACGUGGAUUUAGAAGUUUCAGACAAUGCUUUGCUUGCUCUGCAAGGUCCUGCCAUGGCCCGUGUGCUGCAGGCUGGGGUGUCGGACAAUCUGGCCAAGUUGCCUUUCAUGAGCAGUGCAAUGAUGAGUGUAUUUGGAGUGCAAGGCUGCAGGGUCACACGCUGUGGCUACACAGGCGAAGAUGGUGUAGAGAUCUCUGUCCCUGCAAGCCGAGCAGUGGAGCUGGCUGAGCUACUGCUCAGGGAUCCAACUGUGUGGCUGGCUGGACUUGCUGCUCGAGACAGUUUGCGCUUGGAGGCAGGGCUCUGUCUCUAUGGAAAUGACAUUGAGGAGAGCACGACUCCUGUGGAGGCCAGUCUGAUAUGGACUCUGGGGAAACGUCGCCGUACUGCCAUAGAUUUUCCUGGUGCGCAUAUCAUUGUGGCUCAAAUCAAAGAAAAGCCAAAGAGGAGACGUGUAGGACUGAUUUCCACAGGGCCUCCUAUCCGUCAACACAUGCCAAUCCUUGGUCCAGAAGACAAAAUCAUUGGUGAGGUUACCAGUGGCUGUCCCUCACCAUGUCUGCAGAAGAACAUUGCCAUGGGCUAUGUGGAAAGUGAAUACAGCAAACCGAAUACUGCCAUCAUGGUAGAAGUGAGGAAGAAGAGCUGCCCAGCUCAAGUGACCAAGAUGCCCUUUGUACCCACCCACUACUACACAGUGAAAUGAGCAGCUGCUGGCACAGAUUCUAUUUUGUUCUCUGUCAACCUAUAAAGAAGCAGAGGGCCAUGGACACUUCCUUUAGGAACUCUGGCUGCUAAAACCAAUCAGUACUGAAAGAUGAAGACCAGCUUGAUCUGCUGAAGAAACUGCUUUAGUAAGUAAAAAGGACAGUGUAGACUAGUCCCAGAUGUCUUGCUCCUUUAAACUAACACUGACAUAGCAAUAACUGGAGCUGCCCCAGUCUCUACACAGUGCCUUUCUAGUUUUGGACUGGUUUCUGUAGUUUAAGAAAAAAUUAAAAAGCACAACUUCUCCACUGCUCUCUAGAUAUUUGAGAUGCAGUAAUAGGCAACAAGCCCCUGAUCUGAUAUUUGUUCAGCUAAAAAGCCUUCUAGUAAAGCUGACAGCCUUGUUUAUUGUUCCUGCUCUUACAGUAGCAAGAUGUAAGCUCACUGGCUUGUCCCUUUGAUAUGUUUCAGCAUCAGAGCUAGGUUUUCUUAAUUAAACAUGUUUUGAUCCCAGCUGGUACAUUUUACCAUGCUUUUAUUCCCUUGGGUAAAAGAUGGGAGAUGUCUUCUACAAGAGCUGUGAGAAACUGGAGUCCACCAUUCACAGUUCCACCAUCUUGAGCAAAUAUCAGUAUGAAACUUACAUUAUAUUUCUAGUCUCAAAAAGGAAGCUGACCUACAAAGAAGCUCUGAAAUAUGGGCAAGCCAAGAAUGGACUUGGCAUCAUUCACAGUACUAAGUGACUUCUUGGCCAGUUACAUUCUCUUCUUUCAGAUUAUGCACACAAAUUCCUUUUUACCUAAGGCACACAACAGUUUUUCUAAAGAGAACUCAUGACCCUGUUCUAGAAACACUGGAUUGGCGAAAUCUAGAAUCUGAAACAGGCAGCAUUCUGAGCAAUUCUUCAGCUUGGGUGAAUUCCUCCUUUCUUUCUGGUCUAGAAAAUUCACAAGGUAAAACCUGAAGGUACUAUUUUGGGCUGUGAAAAAUGUUUAGAAGAACUUAUUAUGAUUAAGCAUCUUCAUGUCUAAAAGUGUUCAUAAAGUACUAACCGCAUCAGCUACUGCAAUAA